AUGCCCUACAAGUUCGUGGCAACGCUCACUGUGCUGUUGGCAACGCUCAUUUAUCGUACUGGACGAGUUCUGAAGCAUAACGUCCUAAACCUCCCUAGCUUCCCUGAGGCGUACUAUAUAGGUGGCGAUUACAAGGAGCACUGUACUAUUAUCAAGGAUGAGUCAACCAACACUAUUAAUUACUGCGAGGACAUCACUUUCUGGGACCACCUUGACGAAGAGGAUCAUUUGGCCCGUCGGUUCGUCCUCCUUGGGUGUGACCCCAACAGAAAGGCGUGGAACACAGUCAUGGGUCCCUUGCGCGACCCGGAGCCGUUUGCACACUUGUGGUUAUAUUCCACCGAAUCUGGCUCGCUGCAUCCUGUCACGCUAGAUAACUAUCCAAAGGGCCACGACUUCCACCCACUCGGCAUGGAGGUGUACCCUUCUAAAGCUGGCGCACCGUCUAACCUCUUCAUCGUCAACCACGCUCGUGCAAAUACGACCAUCGAACAAUUUGUACUUGACCCUACGCAGCCCACUACGGCAACCCACGUCCGUACGCUCACUUCGCCCUACUUUGUUUCCCCCAAUUCUGUUGCUUUGACAUCCCCCACGUCUUUCUACGUCAGCAAUGACCAUCUCAUGACCCGCCGUCUUCCGAGUCCCUUUGGAAAAAUUCUUCCUGUCAUUGAAUCUCUGGCUGCGCUCCCUCUUAGCUGGCUUGCGCAUGUCACAAUUUCCCCAGAUGGCACUUUGCAACACAAGUUCGUUGCCUUCGGUGUGCCGUUCGCUAAUGGGGUUGCUAUUUCCCACGAUGGAUCUCAGGUUGCGCUCUCUUCUACCACCCUCGGAGAGGUCUACUUCUACGAUCGGGAUCCAUUGACCAACGACUUGAAGUUUAGUCACAGCGUUCCUGUUCCACUCCUCCCAGACAAUAUCAUGUACGCCGAUGACGGUGCUCUCAUCGUGACGGCCAACCAAACCGGGGCGAAAGCAGCUAGCUGGUCCGUUUCCCUCCGCCCAAUUUCAAACACUAUCCACACAAAAUCCAAGAGGGAUUUCGUACAGAGAGCUUACGAUCUUCGUGCGCCCUUAUCGGCCUCGGCAAUUGCUCCAGCUACGUUGACGCACGAGGUCGAAACGCUUUUCCAGAGUGAUGGGUCGGUGUUUGGAACCUCCGCCACAGGUCUGGUCGAUACGCGGACUGGGACAUUGUACAUGUCCGGUUUGUACGAGGAAGGGAUGCUGAUUUGCGGUCCUAAAUAAGCGAGCCUCUCGCUGAUGUAGCAUCACGAAGAAAUGAGAGCAACCGUUGUUGGGGGAUGUAACUCUUCGUAAUCCCUUGUAAUGUUUCUUCGAGUUGAUCUUUGGAAAA